GAUACGGGUUCAACGGCUCUCCAAAUAAUCUCAUUAAGAAGGGGAUUAAAAAGAUUGGGCGGACAUUUACAAGAAAAUAAAAAAGAUGUUCCGGCGGCCCGAGCCUUAAAAAAGAAAAUCGCCAAAGAAAAGAGAUUUUUCAA